AGUGCCACGUCUUUUAGAAAGAAGCAGACACACACACACAUAUACAACUGUUGGUUUAAAGGAAUUUGUAAAAGAGGAAAUGUGACGUAUUUGCAUACACGAUGUAAACUAUAAAUAAAGAGCCAUCGCCUGCACUCGGGGUGAGUCUCGUCAGAGUUCUCACCCGUGCACGUUAAUGUUAUUACAUUCUAACUGUUUGAGUGUCUUUAUUCAGCCUGAAGAAUGUCUUAUUAAAAAUAAACUCUUGACAUUUAAUUGGUCCUCCGAGCCGGAUGUAGGACAUCGAAUUAUAACUAGUUUUAUGCUCCAACGGAGUGACCUCGUCGUUUCCUGACAUCGUGGAGAGCCCGCGCUGAAGUCUGUCGACAGCCUCUUUCCUAUGAAGGAGAAAAAGACCAACUACGUGAAUUCGGGGUUGGCCAGCGUUCUUAGUAAGAGGUCCACGAUCCUGGGGAACGAGGAGGAAUCUCUGACCGGCACUUAUAUCAUCAUAACCAGUCUCUUCCAGGUUGAAACCAGGCGACUGGAUCCUGAUCAAGGUACUCCAGAGGAAAAACUGGAGCUCUCCGAGGUGGGAGGGCCCUUAUCAGGUCCUGCUCACAACACCGACAGCGUGCAAAAUCGCUGAAAGACCUUCGUGGAUCCACCAGAGCCACGCCAAAAAAGUACAAGGGGACACAAGCCCAGACGCCAGUCCACCUAUCAUCUAGUGAUCUGUAAGUGGAGGAGAGGGCAGAUUGGGUAUACCCCGCCCUCUUGACUUCUCGCUUUCAGUCGACACACUAGGUGAUCUGGUGAACUUGGUCGACCUGAAGAAACCCCAUUGUAGCCCGAGCCCCGACCUAGCCCCACCUGCCCGGUAGAGUAAAGGAAGAUCAGUCCAACCUGCAAAACCAGAAGAGCAACCCAUCACUCAAGUAACUACUCAGACACUCACAAACAAUGCCUGACAUAGACGUGCAAAAUGAACAUUCAGACAUUUCAGAUGGAGAGGACCCAGUCCCCAACAGGACUCGACGACAAUGCUGGUCAGAGGAAUGCCAACUAAUGCAUAAUUAUGUACCCCAUAACAAAAUUGAAAUGGCAUUCUUUGUAAACCUACUACAAACUCUAGAAACAGUAAUAAAUACAAGUCUGCGUGCAUGUGCUCCAAAGGAACCAAUAAAGAGCUUAAUAACACUUCCGGUCACACCGCCCGAACUAGCCCAUAACAUGACCAUGGUCUGCCUAUGGAGACUUAGAGUCCCAGAAAAGCAGGGUGUAUCUUUUGUUUAUCCAAAUAAGACACGUCAUUUCAAUACUGACACAACGCAUUGUAGUGAAAUAUGGUCCAUGGUUGGGUAUGGUAAUGAAUACUCAAACUGGCGUAACUGUAAAAACGAAACCGUAUGUUCAAUAUUAGGUCCAAAGAUAUACAAGGGGUCUUCUAUUUACCUGCGCGCGCCGAACAACACGCGCAACGACAGCCGUUGGGGCAGAGCUAUAAAAAGUAUACUAGUGCCAAAACUGACGAGACCAAUUCCUGGCCUAUUGUGGCUGUGCAAUGGCACCCUUAAGCAAAGGCUGCCUGCUAACUGGACAGGAAUCUGUGGCAUAGUAACCUUAGCCCAGGAAAUAUUAAUCCAAAUCCCAAAAACACAUACCCACGCUUCCCCGCGCUCACGCCGGAGCUUAGUGGAAGACUCAGGCAAUAAGGCAUGGAUCGACGCAAUAGGAGUGCCCAGAGGAAUACCAAGAGAAUAUAAGGCCCAAAGUGAAGUGGCCGCAGGGUUUGCCUCUCUACUUCCAAUUAUCCAAGUAAACAAAAACGUAGCUUGGAUAAAUUAUGUUUAUUACAACCAACAACGCCACCUCAACCUGACCAACCAAGCAUUGAAACUUCUAGGAGAACAACUGUCUGCCACCUCACUCAUGACUGUCCAAAAUAGAAUGGCACUGGACAUGCUUUUAGCUGAACGUGGGGGUGUCUGUGCUAUGUUUGGAGAUAUGUGUUGUACAUUCAUCCCCAACAAUACAGCCCCAGGAGGCUCCUUUGAACAAACUAUGAAAAUGUUACAAGAUUUACAAGUUGAACUGAAGGAAAACGCAGGAACAUGGUCAGGACUAGACGAGGCUUUCCAGAACAUGUUUGGGGGAUGGGCAGACACAAUCAAAGUAUUAGCAGCCAUUUUAUGCAGUAUUCUAGUGAUGUUGGCCAUUAUUGUUUGUUGUAUUGUACCAUGUUUCAAAGCUUUGAUUAAGAAAGUUGCUAAAGACACUGCAACCGGAAUCUUCCUGGCACAAGCUUAUAGUCCCAUAGCAACUGAAGAAGAAGAAGACUGUGUGUAAGAAUUUCUUGUACUUAACAUGACGUAGCAAUUGAAAAUGUGCAAACAAGUGAUUGUCUACUGAAGCCUAUGAAGUAUGAGUGAAAUAUAUUAACAACAGGAGGGAAUGUUAUGAGAUUCUAUGUUUUUUAUGUGUUUUAUUCUUUGUUUUAUUAUCUUUUAAUAUUCAAGCAUAUUGUAAAGUGUUUAUAUAUUUCACAGAAUUUGCUGUACUUCCCCAUUUCACAAGAUUCGAUGUAUUGCUCCAUUGUCAUGCAACCCGACAGUGAACUCUGCAAUACAAAUAGUUUAAGCAGGAAACAGAUGCGGGUCACCCAGACCACAAUAGAAAACGGAUGAGGCACCUAAACCACAACAGGAAAACAGAUGCGCGUGGCGCUGACUUAAAAGAUUAAGUCAGCGCCACGUCUUUUAGAAAGAAGCAGACACACACACACAUAUACAACUGUUGGUUUAAAGGAAUUUGUAAAAGAGGAAAUGUGACGUAUUUGCAUACACGAUGUAAACUAUAAAUAAAGAGCCAUCGCCUGCACUCGGGGUGAGUCUCGUCAGAGUUCUCACCCGUGCACGUUAAUGUUAUUACAUUCUAACUGUUUGAGUGUCUUUAUUCAGCCUGAAGAAUGUCUUAUUAAAAAUAAACUCUUGACAUUUAAUUGGUCCUCCGAGCCGGAUGUAGGACAUCGAAUUAUAACUAGUUUUAUGCUCCAACGGAGUGACCUCGUCGUUUCCUGACAUCGUGGAGAGCCCGCGCUGAAGUCUGUCGACAGCCUCUUUCCUAUGAAGGAGAAAAAGACCAACUACGUGAAUUCGGGGUUGGCCAGCGUUCUUAGUAAGAGGUCCACGAUCCUGGGGAACGAGGAGGAAUCUCUGACCGGCACUUAUAUCAUCAUAACCAGGUGAAUAUUAACACUCAAACACACAUCGCGAAUAAUCGUCUUUUAGAUUGACACUUUUCCAAGGGAAAAACUCGUCCUGUAGGGACUGGCAGUUUAAAAAAAAGACUCGCUUGUAAGACGAAACUGGCAGUCCAGAAGAGACUCGUUUCGCAAUAAAAAAAAGCUGGUAGUCGACAAAGUUUACUCCGGGAGUAAAUGGGAAAAGGAAAGUGUCAAUUAAAAUAGGAUUACACUGCCGCGUAUGUGAAUUGUUUGUAUUUAAAAA